AUGAGGCUUAUCGCCACGGUGCGUUGUCUACGCAAUUCAGGCCAGCUCAAUCACAAUUUAGAACAUGAAGGUCGUUUCUAUGUUGUUCCACCUGCAGUGUGCAAUCAGCUAUUCAGAUUUGGUGGUAUUCCCAAAGGUUAUGAAGUUCAAGCUAAAACUUUUGAUGAAACCUGUCUGAUGAUACGCAAGCCUGCCCUGGAAGUAAUUAAUAUGAUGAAAGUUGCUGAUUAUUCUAGACCUAUUGUUAAAUACGUUCUGUUGCCAGAUUGGAUGAAGAAGUGCAAAGACCAUACCCGUUCAGAAACAAGAGAAGGUUUCAGGGAUACACCCCUAGAUUCUGCUGCUUGGCUUGCCCAUUUCAAGACUCAAAACCAACACUUACUGUCGCAAACAGAUCUUACUGUUACAAGUAAUUACACUUGGAGCAAGCGAGAAGAAACUCGUUCAGGGUCUCCAUUGUUAGAACUCGUUGAUCUGGGAAUAAACCGUAUUAAAUAUGCAUCCAAUAUCAUUGUUGCUCUUGCUUCAGAGGUUAAGGCACUGUCGUCAAGUGGCAGAUGCAAAACAUUGGUUGCUAUUGAUGGUUUUAAUUGCUUUUAUAAUAAACGAACAAUGAUUAAGGAUGAAAACUGGAAAAUUGUUCCACCGUUUCAAUUAACAGUUACUGAAGCUUUUAUUAAUUUAGUAAAUUAUAAUUGGGCUUUUGAGCUCUUGGAUCCAUUUAUACCUGUUCAUGUACCAUGCUAUAGCGAAAAAGAAUUCCAUAGCUGUAUGGAUUAUUAUAUGGAGAGAAGUUGGAUUCAGAAUGAAAAUGGAAAUACUGAAGAAGGAAGAAGUGAAUUGAUGUAUCUUUCUACUAUGAAUCCAUAUCAACUGAUGAAAAUUUGUGGUCCAUUGUAAAAUUUUCAAACACUGUUCAAAGUAGUUUAAAGUUAUCCUUUUUGUAUGAAAAUAAUGAAAUAAAGUUUUAUUUGUUA